AUGACUGCUAAAACUAACGUCAAUGCUGCUGUCGCUGCUGCUGCUGUCGAGGUGAAUGACACGCACAAGAGCAGAUUGACAUUGGAUGCCUCUGAUGCUAUGGAUAUAACCCAACCUAUGCAACGUAAUACCUCUAAACCUGAAAAUCAAGCGCCUUUGAUUGGCAACGAGAUCCACAAUGAUCGUAAGGAAAUCUGUUCUAAAAAGAGAAAUCUCGAAACUCUAGACAAUGAUGAUGUGGAGUCUGCGGCAUCUCAUAACGACGAAGACCAUGGCCAUGACAGUGAUGAUCCAAGAAGCAUAAAACCUGGUAGACGGCCAAUGGCAGAGGAAGAAUGCGAUGUAGAUGAGGGCGAGGACCCCAAGGUCAAGCGCAAGAUCCAAAACAGGGCUGCUCAAAGAGCUUUUCGUGAGAGAAAAGAUCGUUAUGUCAAAGAACUGGAAAAGAAGAUCAAAUACGUUCAAGACAGCCAUGUCUACUCUACCACUCGCCUUUUUAACGAGAAUCAGCAAUUGAGGUCCAUCGUUUACACUUUGGAACUAGAGAUUAAUGCUCUCAAAGGUGUUCCGUUUGAUUUCACGACAAAUUCAGACAUCCCUCGCAUGGAGAAGAAGUGUCCCAGUCAGUCAUGGCUGGCGAACAUUGGCCCGUCUAUCCCAUUAUCUGUCAUCAACUCCUUCCCUCCUACCCCUCUUGCGCCGCUAAGGAUUCAUCCUUCUCAUCCCUCGAACUAUCAAGGAAACAACAGCAAGGCUUCUGCAACUAGUAUGCCGGAAGAAAAGAAUCAAAAAGAGCCAACAGAGCAACAAAAACUAGUGGCGUUAGCGAACUUUGCUGACAAGAGCAAACAAAUGGCACUCAGGCCUUCAAAAAUCAUUAAAUCUAGUACAGCAUCUACCAAGAGAACGAAAAAAUCGCAUGCUGAUACCGCAAGUCAGCGAUUCACCUUUGCCAUUACCACUCCAGCAACGCUUCGUGCUGAUUCCAACAGUGAUUUCGCUCGCAAAAAUACUCAAAUUGAAGCUGUGCAGUUGUAUCCUGGUCAUAGUCAUCCUGCCAAUUGCAUGCUUGACAAUAACAAACAGACAGAUCAUAUGCCAUAUGUAACUCACUCUACCCAUUCAACUAAUAUCACGCCUGUACUAUCUCCUCAUUAUAUUUCGAGUGUAGCAAGUAGCUGCUCUGGUAAUAGUUGUACAUCCUCUCCCUCAGGCGAAGAAGCAAGAGACACCAUGGAGCAUACAUCGCAACCACCAGCAGAAGACAUGGGUGAUGAUCUUUUGCUGUUUGAUCAUGCUACUGAUGAGGUAGAAGAAGUGGGCCUGAACGAUAUUCUAAAGCACUUUUUUGACCCUACGGGCAAUCUCGAUCUCUCAAUGUUCAAUGCACAAGCACCCAACGAUUGGGAGGCACCACAAUAG